CCCCGGCGCGAGAGGAGCAGCCGAGUGCGCGGACCCGGGGUUGGUGGAGUGCCACGCAGUGCGCUCGCAGGAGACGCUCGGGGCUCCGGAAGGGAGCUGGCCGCGGGGUUUAGGCUUGAUUUCCCGCUGGAAGUGCACUCCCCCCACCCCGACCCCGCGACCUCCCGCCUCCACCUCGGCUUGCCCCCGCUAGGAGCCACCGGGACGCCUAACCCGCUCGCCCCGCCGCUGCUGGGCAUCCGAGGAGGCAGCUCUUCCCCUGCCAAAAAAAAAAAAAAAAAAGGUCGGACCUGCGUCCAGCCUGGCAGGAACACUGUGAUCGUGGGUAGAAUUCGCCUCCCCGCCCGGGCAGUAUGAAGGUGGCGUGCAUUGAGCCGGCCAUCCUCCUGAACGCGUUCGCGAUGGCCCUGACCCUUCCGCUGACCGCGCAGUACGUGUACCGGCGGAUCUGGGAAGAGUCCGGCAACUACACCUUUGCAUCUGACAGCAAUGUUUCUCGGUGUGAGCAAAACAAAAGCAGCCCAAUCGAUGCUUUCCGAGAGGAAGUUCAGAAAAAAAUGUCCCUUUUUGGCCUGCAGAUGGACAUGAGUGGGUUAAUCCCCGGCCUGGUGUCGACGUUCAUGCUGCUAUCCAGCAGUGACAACCGCGGACGAAAAUUCCCGAUGGUUUUAUCUUCCGUUGGGUCUCUCGCCACCAACGUUUGGCUCUGUUUGCUUUCCUACUUUGCCUUGCCAAUCCAGCUUUUGAUUGCAUCUGCCUUCAUUGGUGCUCUUUUGGGCAAUUACACCACAUUUUGGGGAGCUUGCUUUGCCUAUAUCGUGGAUCAGUGCAAAGACAAUAAGCAAAGGACCAUCCGAAUAGCUAUCCUCGACUUCCUGCUCGGAGUGGUGACUGGGCUGACGGGCCUGUCGUCCGGCUAUUUUAUCAGAGAACUAGGUUUUGUGUGGUCAUUUUUCAUUAUCGUUGUGGUGAUUGCUGUUAACUUGACGUAUAUCUUAUUUUUCCUCAGUGAUCCCAUAAGAACGUCUUCAUCUCCGAUUGUUACCAUGACAUGCAGAGAAAGCCUUAAAGACCUUUUUUACCGAGCUUACAUGCUUUUUAGAAAUGGUUCUGGUAAGCGGCGGUCUCUGCUCUGCUUGCUGAUUUUCACACUGGUCAUUUAUUUUUUCGUGAUAAUUGGCAUCUCCCCCAUUUUUCUGCUGUAUGAGUUGGGCUCGCCCCUCUGCUGGGAUGAAGUUUACGUAGGUUAUGGGUCAGCUCUGGGUAGUGCCUCUUUUGUGAGUAGUUUCCUGGGCAUCUGGCUUUUUUCGUAUUGCCUGGAAGAUAUCUACAUCGCCUUCAUUGGGAUUUUUACCACCAUGGCAGGAAUGGCUGCGACGGCUUUUGCCAAAACCACACUGAUGAUGCUUUUAGUCAGAGUGCCGUUCUUUUUCACUUUCAUGCCACUGUCAAUUCUGCGGUCCAUGUUGUCCAAAGUGGUUCAUUCGACUGAACAAGGUGCACUGCUGGCUUGCAUUGCUGUCUUAGAAACACUUAGUGGAGCCAUUGCAACCUGUACUUACAAUGGGAUUUAUUCAGUCACUGUUGCCUGGUGCCCUGGCUUCACUUUUCUGCUGUCUGCUGGUCUCCUAGUUAUUCCAGCCAUCAGUCUGUGUGGUGUCAAGCGUAUCGGCUGGAAAGAGGGGAGCUACGCGCUGCUGAUACAGGAAGAGCCUGGUGACCACACCUCGGACGUAGCUGGACACUAGAGCAAGUCACACAUUGUGACGUCAGCAGCGUUUCAGGGACAACCCGUGUGUCCACGUGCUUCCUUCUGGGCUGAGCGGAUGGACGAGCAGCGCCUGGGCCCGCCGCUUCAUGCUGCACCUUUUGAACGCCCUGCCCAGCAAAUGCCGACGCCCUUCUCACUUGUCCACGGACUGAAGAGAUGGAAAACGAAGAGCUCCCGCACUUCGCAUAGGCCCGAGGCAGUACUCCCACCGACACGCCCUGCUCUCACCUGGAAACCAAAAGCUUUUACCUCAGUUGCACAAUGAGUUUCUGACCUCUCAGGGCCUUUGAAAGCGUAAUGAAAAAUGUUAAUGAAUGACUCACUAAAAUGAAAAUAGUAUAUUUUUGAAUAGUCAUAAUUUUAUCUAAAGCAGAGUAAUGCUUUGUUUUAUUGUGCCCAUCAUGGCACUGGCACUAUUGAUUGUCAAAACAAUCAGCAGACAUGGGAUCCCCACAAAUGAAGCACUUUAAAGAAUGUAACUUUUUUCUUUUUUCUUUUCUUGGUUUUUCGAGGUAGGGUCUCACUCUAGUCCAGGCUGACCUGGAACUCACUAUGUAGUCUCAGGGUGGUCUUGAAUUCACGGCUAUCCUCCUACCUCUGC